CACCAGACGAGGAGUUCCUCAAGCCCAUAUUGAAGCUGUUUCAUGGUUUCACACCAGGACUGUCUGCUGUAGAUACCAUGAGGGAUUGUCGACCAGGCCUUACGUCUAAUUUCAUGCUUCAUUUAAUACCCUAUGUUCCCCAAGUCCACAUUUCUCUUCUCAUCCCCUUCGUCUAUCUUGCCGCGCACAUCUUCACCUUCAUUCUCUUCAGUUGUGCUUUUGUCUCUUUACCAUCUCGAGCAGGCCCUCGCUAUAUUCUCCACGCUUCAGUUUUACGAUCUUUACCGCCAAGCCGUCUUAAGAUAUCUCUGCUAGUCUAGCUAUACCGCAGUGCGGCCGUCGUCCCCGUCAUUUCCAUACGAUACCUAUUCCAAUUCUCUAAUAUAUAGAUCACCAUGAGAUUCUCUGCUGUUGCCACACUCUGUGCUGCGCCAUUGGCGUUGGCCGGUACUCUCCAAGCAGACCUGGUUGAGCGAGGAGCAGUGGAACUAGAAACCGGUAUCUCUAUCAGCAAUGGAAAGGGAGGAAACAGCAAGUCUUCCGGCUCAUCUGUGGACGAGAUCAUUGUCAUCUGGGUCAACGAGGGAGGUGGAGCAGCUACGUCGACUGUGACCAACACAGUGACCGUCACGGAUGCUUCGGGCACAUCCGCAGCCAAAGCAACACAUAGUGUCACCGUCGGUGGUACUGCCGGUCUCGUUUAUACCCCGGACACCAUCGAGGCUGCAGUUGGGGAUAUGGUCAUCUUCACGUUCGAAUCGGCAAAUCAUACGGUCACACAAUCUGCUUUCAACACACCUUGCGAGAAGCUUGCCGGUGGUGUAGAUUCCGGCUUUAUUCCCAACAUCAACAACUCGGUCUCACCACCGCCGCAAAUGGCCAUGCAAGUCACUGUGGCCACUCCAAUCUGGUUCUACUGCAAACAAAAGGGCCACUGCGGAAAGGGAAUGACCUUCUCGAUCAACCCCACGGCGAAUAAAACCCAGGCCAUGUUCCAGCAAAUGGCCAUUGCCCAAAAUGGAACUGGGUCCGCAUCUGCCAUUACUGGAGGAUCAACAAGUUCAGUCGCUGCCCCACCCCCAGCAGUUACUUCUUCCGCCGCAAGCUCCAGCUCUGGAUCAAUGUCUUCUGGAUCCAGCUCUGGAUCUAUGGUCUCAGGUUCAGGCACCCUCAACGGUGCUGGUGCUUGCGAAUGCUCCUGCCUUUGCGGUACGGCCGCAUUCCCAAACGCUGCUGUCCAAGGUGUUGGUGCAUUUGGCGGCAUGUCAGGUGCGAUGCCAAUGGCUGCUCUCGAGUCCUAAAGCCUCUAGUGGCAAGUGGUAUCUCUUUUGUAAAGUAGCACCAGGCAUGAGUGUCGCCGUUGAGAGGCUUGACACCGGAAUUUCGCUGCCUGUGAGGUAUAUAUGACUGGAUCGUAUUGGGGAUGCGCUUUAAUAGUCGAAUGGACACCGUUAUCGCAUACGGUUCUGGCGUUUUUAAUUUUCUUUUCUUGCACUGGCUUAGAUAGACAGCAAAAAUAUCCAUCAAUGUUUGCAUGCUCU